CGUAACGAGUUGCACUUUUGCUUCAAUAUUGACAUAGGAACGAUUUUCGGUUGACUCUGUCCGCUUGUAAUAGUCUCUCUGUAGUUCAUUCAACAAACAUCGAUACGGAAACAUGCGGAAAGAAGUAUGUUGCGCAGUCGUUGGUGGCGUUUCUGUUGUGAUCAUCAUCUUUAUUGCGGCAAUGGUGGGAACUUCCCUGCGGAAGUUGGAUACCGAUGAAGGUACGUUGAGAAUAAUACAAUACUGUAGUUGCAUAUGAAAGCCUCUGGGAAAAGAAUAACAUACAGUCAGCUCUCUCUUAGACGUAUAUCUUUGGGAUUGGCACUAAACGGGUUGUCCGUCUUUUAGAGAGUCAAAUAAAGGGAGUAAAGAAAGGCAAGAACCAACUCUAGGUGUCCGUUUUACAGAGGUGUCCGUCUUAUAGAGAUUCAAAUAAAGGGAGUUACGAAAGGCAGGGACCAACUCUAGGCGUCCGUUAAACCGAAGUGUCUGUCAAAUAGAGGUGUCCAUCAAUAUAGAGUCGACUGUUUACAUCAGUAGUACUCGGUUUCAUGCAGUUCAUCUCCAUUAAGUAACUAAAACACUGCAAGGAUGGAAUAUGUUUUUCUAUUUUGAUUACGGAAGUGGAGAAAAGUUCCAAAGAUAUGUGCUCUGAGCAGAGUUAUCUCUUAUUACAGUACCUAAGCAAAAAGCUACUGCAUUAAACUCUACUCGCAAUUAUGAAAGAAAUUAUGAAUAAAUAAAACCAGAUUUAACAAAUGAAAACUUCUUCAGAUGAUCGUGAAACAUGCAAAUCUAUGUGCAUAUAGAACAGAUGCGUAAUGGCCAGUUUAAGAAUAAUAUAAUCACAGUAUAUUGUAUAGUGUUUUACAUACUAAGCAAUGGUGAACAUUCACACAAAUCGUCUCAAUUGCAGAUAUUCUUUAAGUCUAGAAGUUUUUUGCAAGGAAAGCUAAAAGAGAACUGUCACUUUUGAGUUAGGAAUCGUAAGGCGAAUGCAUGAUUUACACGGCUGAGUUGCUGAAAUAGUGACAAAUGAAUGCUGAUUGACAGAAGUGGUCACUAAAUUGGCCAAAUAUGCGGAAAUCAAGCGAUGUAAGUUUUGUUGGGAUUUUACGACAUGAUAAGGAGGAACAGAGUGAACGGGUGUUUGCGAGUCUUUGAUUCUCAUCCUCGCCUUUAUUUUCUUUUUUCGGUUGUUUCGUCUCGAGCUUUUAUAACUUCGCGGAAAGUAUUUUCCUUUCGUAAAUGAAGAGGGAUGAUUUCAGUCGAGCAAAACUAUGGCAACAACACUGGCCAAUCACAAAAAAAAACACAGAUAAUUAAAUGAACCAAUCAGAGCUCGAAGCAAAUACUUGAAAGGUUCCCAAGCGCGGGAAAAUUUGAUUUCACUUCUGAUUGGUUACAAAAGUGGCAAAGGGUAAAAUGCAACCCAUUACACACCCAAAAAAUCAUUAAACAUAUAAAUUUUGGAAGUUAUGUUGGUCUUUUUGGUUCUAUUUAGUGGGAAUAGCUUAUGACAUCCAUCAAAAGAAGCUGGCGACCAAUGUGCAGCGAGAAGGUCUUCACGCCGGCUCACCAGGUUACAAAUUUAUUAUCUUCCCGAGCGUGUUCCAGAGCAUUGAAUACGAGGAUCUUGAGUGUCUUAACCGAGAAGGCAUUGAAAUCAAGCUUAAAGUACAACUUCAAUAUCGAGCGAAAGUCAAAAACCUGAGAGAGAUUAUCCUGCAGUUUAAAGACAAGGAGAAUUACCUGGAAGUUCUCAAGUAAGGGGCAAAAAUUAAGGCUUAGAAAUGAGAGAUUCCGUUUCAUCAGUAGUUCUGAAAAGACCCAAAAGUUAGAAUUACCUUGUACAGCAUAAUAAACAGUACCACAGGAAAGUAAUGCUCAGUAGCUUUCAUCUGAAUGGUCACACCAUAGGAUUUCAUUCACAGACUCAACUGCAGUUAGAACCACCUUGUACAGCAUAAUAAACAGUACCACAGGAAAGUAAUGCUCAAUAGCUUUCAUUUGAAUGGUCACACCAUAGGAUUUCAUCCACAGACUCAAAAGUAAGAACCACCUUAUGCAGCAUAAUAAACUACCACAGGAAAGUACUGCUCAAUAGCUUUCAUUUGAAUGGUCUUACCAUAGGAUUUCAUCCACAGACUCAAAAGUUAGAACCACCUUGUACAGCAUAAUAAACAGAACCACAGCAAAGUACUGCUCGGUAGCUUUCAUUUGAAUGGUCACACCAUAGGAUUUCAUCCACAGACUCAAAAGUUAGAACCACCUUGUACAGUAUAAUAAACAGAACCACAGCAAAGUACUGCUCGGUAGCUUUAAUUUGACGGUAACACUAUAGGAUUUCAUUCACAGACUCAGAAGUUAGAGUCAAUUUGUACUACAUAAGAUACACACCACAGGAAAGUACUGCUCAGUAGCAUUCUUGAAACGGUUUUGUACAUUUUAAUUUUUCAGAAGCGUCGGUGAAUCAGCGAUUCAUGAUGCCUGCAGCGUGUUUAACACAACUCAGCUACAGUCUCAACGCGCCUCUUUCCAGGAUCUUGUCCGCAAAACCCUGGGUCGGAGAUUUGAAACACUCUGGGCAGACGUGGAAGAUUUACAGGUGCUGUGCUGUCUCGUACCUCGGCGCUUCUUAGCAAUUUCGACGGGAAACUUCAAAAACCGCAAACGCACAAGGGAAGGGUUUCGAUGACGGCCCUUGCGCCGCCACUACCCCAGAAAAGUCCCAAGAAGCGCCCGGGCAAGAGGCAGGGUGCUAUGAUAAAAAAAUCUUUGUACAACUGUAAAAAUUAAUUUCAAACAUCCCAAACUGAUCCUAGGGUUAUUCGUUGUCCCACUGCUUAUUUUCUAUAUUUGCGGGUUGAUAAAGGAAUGGGUCGCAUAAGCAACGUUGCAGUGAGGAUAUACAGAAUCUCUUGGCAAAUGGUAAUCGUAUCUUAACUCAAAAGCCAAACAGCUAGGCAAAAAGGAAAGGAAUUUAGGAUUUGGAAAGGCAACGUCAAUAAAUGAAUAACGCGAGAAAAUAAAUACAGGUCUAGAUAUUAGCAGUCAACGACUGAAGAUCAGUUUGUUCUAGAAAAACGAUUUUUGAAGUGCUAAUGUAUUUAGCACAAAAUUGCGAAAUGACCACACUACAGUAUUUUCACAUUUCUUACUGGAGAGAUCGCCAGUUUUAUGUCCUUAUCGGAGGCCACGCCAAAGUUAAUUUCUUAGUAUGGAGAUCGAACCCGUGACCUCUCGCUUCGCUUGGCAAGCCCUCUACCGGUUAAGCUAGCCCUGUUUGCUGUAAAAGGGGCGAGGUUAGUAGUAUGUUGAUGAUAAAAAAUGUAACUGACCAUGGUCAAAUGUUUUAUGAAUAGAGCGCCUCCUAGCUUCGCCCCUUUUAGGUGGAGGAUGGUGAUAUCACACGUCCUAAUGAUUUUUCAUGUCUUAGGUAAGAAAUAUCAUGAGACCAGAAUCAUACGAAAAGGUGAUUAGGAACAAAGAGGCCGCCAAAGAAAACAUCAAAGUUGCUGAAAGUCAGCGCCCGCGACAAGUGGUUGAAGCGAACACGGAAAAGGAGGAAGCCCGCGCGCAGGCAAAGAUCACAAUCCAACGGGCAGAGUCUGAGGCGAGGGUUUCUUUGUCAAAAGCCCGAGCUGAAGCCGACAGUAUCCGAGCGGCCUACGAAGCCGAGACGAAUGCAUUUUUAAAACUCAAGCAGGAGAGUUUGAAUAGUACUGAAGGGUUGUUGUCUUAUCUGGGUGUAAGGGUCAUUUCUGAGAAUAACAAUACUGUUAAUGUUGCUUUAGACGCUCCAGCUAGGACUAAGUUUACUUACAAUUAACGUCAUUAAUUAACGAGUUCCCGUCGCAGCAAUGAAGGGAGAGUAUCAAGCAAAUUUUCUUUAGAUUUCGUUUACACCGGGCUAGAAUUAUGAAGAUAGUGAAUCUCAUUUUUAAGUUUUAAAACUUGCUUUAGUUUCGUAGAAGGGUAGUUGUCAUCGUAUACAAGUAAUAGCUGUAAGAGU